CUUAAUUCUGCCGUUAGGUGGCGAGUGUAUUUCGAAGAUGGAUGCCGCUUACUGUAGUACAAAUUUUCCUGAAACUAAUGGCGAUUACAUGAUAGAGAAUCACUAUUUCACAAAGAAUAUAAAAAUAUAAUGGCUAAAGAAAAAGAAUUGUCAGGAGUGCCGUUGGAUAAACUGAAAAUAGAUGUAAUAACAAAGACAGGAGAUAUAAAACGUGUUUCUGCUUUGCAUAUAGGCUUUACAGAAGAAAGGCAGUUCAUCUGUUACAGACAGCCACCAAACUAUUACAGCUCCUUAAGUAAUGAAGCAGAUACUAUAGAUUCAGUAAAAAUUAAAGCCAGAAUUGAAGAAUGGCUUGAACGAAUGGAGUUUCUUGAAGAAGAUUUGCAUUGGUUGCUUCAUUUACCAGCUCACAGAUUUUGGUCUCAAAUUAUAUAUGAUGAAAGUCUUCAGAAAUGUUUAGAAUCUUAUCUGUGUUAUGCUCCCAGAUAUCAUGAUGUUUCUGAUUCUUUGGUUACAGAAGAAAUGAAAACUGCUCUUCAGAGGAUUCACAGACUAGUUUUCAUGGUGUUUUUAAGAUUGUCAACGUAUAAAGAAUCAAAGUCUGUCCAUUUUACACCUCAAGCAUUUGCAGAUAUUAUUUAUGAGAAUUUCUUAUUUGAUAUACCUAAAAUUAUGGAUUUGUGUGUAUUAUAUGGAAGAGGAAACAGAAAUUUACUACAAAAAAUGAUCAAAAAUAUUUUUGAAUGGCAACCAAAAUAUUUAGAUGAUCUAGCAGCUGCUAUUCCUACUAUUCUUGAAGUAUUUGAUACAAUAGAAAACAAAUUGGGUUUAGAUUAUAUAACAGAACUUGAAAAUAAUAAUGAACCAAAGAAACUUGAUGAAGCACUUACUCCUGUUAGCACAUUUACUUGGAACAAACUGAAAGACCUUAUAUUUUAUCUUGUAGAUACAAGUGCUACUCUAAAUGCCUUUCUAGAUAUAUAUCCACAAGCUGCUGAAUCUUUCCAUAAACAAGGAACUGCAGUCAGGAUAUCUAAUUUUUAUGAAAUUAUUUUCUUACCCCUUACAACUGAAUUAAAGAAUAGAAGUAAAGAUGAACAACUAAAAGACUUAAUAGCUGAAUUAACCAAAAGAAUUUAUCUUGCGAAAACAUGCUUAAUAAAAUCUUUCAGGGAAAUAAUAUUUUAUUGUUGUCUUCAACCAAUUUUAGACAGACAGGUGACAAAUGCUGAAGUAUUCUUACAAAUCAUGAGCAUUUGUGUUUCAGAUAAAUGCUUUAUCUCUGAUUACCAAGAAGUCUUUCCAUUUGAAGAGGAUAUUGAAUUGUUAUCUCAGGCAUCAGUGACACUAGAUUCCACUAGUAUUGAUUACAUUUUGAGUGGUAUCUAUUCAUCAUAUGAACUUCUAGGUAAACCAAUUGUGUAUAAAACUGUGCCUAUUAUAUCAUCUGUUAAUUCAGCAAAACAAUCAAAUGAAAUAAAUCAGAUUCCAGAAUCUCUUCCAAAUUCUGAAAUAUGCAGUGAUUCAGUAUUAGAUGGUGCUUGUGCUACACCAAAAUUGGAAGGUGUUGAAUUGGAUUCUUUAGUAACUCAAGUUUUAGAUGUUCUCGGUCAUUUAGGAGAAGGAUUUGUAGAGCAAUGUUUAGAAUACUACAAUUAUGAUGCAGAAAAAGUGAUUAGUGCAUUACUUGAUGAUACUCUUCCUAGCAGUUUAAACAAAUUGGAUAGAUCAAUGAAAAGUACUCGGAAGUCGUCCAUUCUUUCCAGUCGUAAAAAUAUAUAUGAUAAUGAUGAAUUUGAUGUAUUUUCAACUGAUAAAAUAGAUAAAAGUAGAAUUCAUAAAGGCAAACGAGAAGAUAAACUUUUAGAUAUAAACAUUGUUCUAAAACAAGAUAAAAAUGCCUCAGCUUUAAGAGAAAUAUAUCAAAAAUAUGAUGUCAUAGAAGAAACAGAUGACACUUUAUAUGAAGAUGAAUAUGAUGACACAUAUGAUGAUAGAAAUCUUGGACCUGAAGAGCCACCUUCUCCUGAUGACAUGUUAUAUAAAAGACCCAUUAGGACGCCAAGGGUAUUAGAAAAAGGCGACUGUUCCGACGAUGAUAAUUCGUCUCCCAGUAUUUCUGAAAAAUCCGAACAAGCAAGCAGUAGUAUACAUAGGAUUGCAGACGAAUUUGUUGCAAAUCCAGCAGAAUUGCGGAAGAAAGAAGAAGAAAGAAUUCAGGAAAUGAGGAGACAUCACGAUGUUAAAGGAAAACCUCGCGGCCAGGGCCAAGACAAAACGACGUUACGGAAUAGGGAGUACAAGGAGAAACACAAAAGUAGCGUGGCCAAUCACAAUCGCAGAUUUCAAAGCGAUAAAAAGCGGCAGAGAGGAAUGUUUCCUACAUAGUCUUUAGAAAAAUUCCCGACGAAAGUGCCAUCGAAAUUUCGACAGUUUUCUUUCGACUUAAUCGUUACUUUUUUUUUUAAUAAUUUUAAUUUUUUCGAAGCAUUAAUUUAUAAACCCAGGAAAAGCAAGAAUUCUAUUUUUAUACGGCAGAAAUUAGUUCGUAUCGUUGUUUAAAAAGUGGAAAUAAAUUAUUUAUAAAGUUUGA